AUGGAAUCUUCGGCUAUACUGGCUGUCAUGGGCAUCACCGGGGCUGGGAAAAGCUCCUUUAUCAAACUUGUGACAGGAGAUGGAAGUGUCAAAAUCGGGCACUCACAGUUAUCAGAGACCAAAAAGAUUAGCAGUUACAACGUUUAUAUCCGUGGCAAGACAUUUACCUUGGUAGACACACCGGGAUUCGACGACGACAACCUCUCAGACUCGGACGUUCUCAAGCUGCUGGUAGACUGGCUAGCAAGCACGUACAAGUCCGGCCAGAAACUCAACGGGAUUCUAUACCUGCACCGCAUCACGGAUGCACGAAUGCAAGGAUCUUCACUCCGCAACCUUAGGGUGUUUAAGGAGUUAAUCUGCGACGGCUUUCACAAGAACGUAACUCUCGGCACAACCUGCUGGUCGUUGGUGCCGCACUCCACAGCAGUACCUCGCGAGACGGAGCUCAAGACCAGUACUUCAUUCUGGAAAAGUCUCAUCGCGAAUGGUGCGCGUCUUGAACGCAUUCCCAACAGCGCCGCCGAGGCCAGAAAUCUGGUCUAUGAAAUUGCGAGCCACGAUGCGCUAGCAUUGCAGACUCAGCGCGACAUUGUGGAUCUGGGGAAAGCUUUUGGCAGUCUUGCUGUCUCUAAGCUGGUGGACCACGAGUUCGAAGAGUUGAAGCGACAACAGGCGGCGGAAAUUGCGAGGAGGAGAGGCGAGGAGGAGCGUGAGCGCCUUAGACUAGAGCGUAUGCAAAAAGAGGAACUGGAUCGUAUCAGAGAAAAGAAUCGGCGAAUGGAGGGAUUUAAAUUGAAGCAAGCUUACUGCGCCCGUAAGAAACCGUUCGGCACUUGUGAUAAAGCAGGAUGUGAGAAUAAACUGCAGUCAUGGAAAUAUACAUGGCGUGAGAUUGCUGUUCCUGCAACGAGAAUGACUGGUUCUGGUAUUGCGGGCCCUGUGGAAAUGAUUGCGGGAUCGCUGAACAUCCAUAUAUGA